AUGGUCAUCACCAAUAAUGAAUGGUCUGCGCCUUUGCGCUUCAUCAUCGGCAGCAUCAUCAGCACCAUCAUCAGCAUCACCAUCGUCGGGACUUCAUCGUCGCCGUCACAAGCGAACAACAGCUCCAACACCGGUGAUGUCCCCAGGCCCAAGAGAAUAGCCUGCGUUGUUUGCAGAAAGCGAAAACUUCGAUGUGAUGGAACCAAACCGAGCUGUGGGACGUGUUCGAGACUCGGACAUGACUGCGCCUACGAUGAGAUUCGACGGAAGAGCGGCCCAAAGAGAGGAUAUGUCAAAGCAUUGGAAGCACGUCUGGCACAGGUCGAGACGCUGCUCAAAGAUCAAGCCACGGAUCCCCACCACGGCAAUAACCACAGUCCCGAACGAGCACGACAACCGCCAUAUGUAUCGCAUCUCUUGAUCGACCCGCCGCUCUUUGGCGACGGCGACGUCGGGAUGGAGGGGAUGGAGGCAAUUCUCGGCGGUGUGCGGGGACCCAGCACAUCCGUUUCGCCGAACCUACAGCAUCACAAUUCCUUCGAGAGCUCGCCCAUGAUAGAUAUGCCGCAGCAAUGGACCGAUCCCACGCCCACCAUGGACUCUGCCGCGAUAACAUGGGAUCUGAUAUCGAUGGGUUUCGAGGAGGCCUUGCCUUCCCAAGACGUCAUCGAUGCUCUGCAUAAUAUUUACUUCGACAAAAUACAUCCGUGCAUGCCAAUAAUUCACAAGGCCAGGUAUUUUGCGAGUCUGAGUAUGGCCCCAAACAUACGACCGCCAGUUGCGUUGCGAUAUGCCAUCUGGACUCUGGCUGCGUCCGUAUCCGACGAUCACGGAGGCUUGCAGACACAUCUUUAUCGACGGGCUAGGAAAUGCCUCGAAGAGUCGGAGAUGAAGGGACACGGCGAAGGGAUCAUAUCGGUGGCCUCAUCUCAGGCAUGGUUGCUCAUCACAACCUACGAGUUCAAACUCAUGUAUUUUCCACGGGCGUGGAUGUCGACUGGACGCGCAGUGCGGUUGGCUCAGAUGAUGGGUCUUCACAGGCUGGAUGGCUCUGCGUGGGAAGUGAAGCAGUGUCUGCCGGCGCCAAAGGAUUGGAUCGAGCGGGAGGAGAGAAGGAGAACUUUCUGGAUGGCGUUUUGCUUGGACAGAUACGCUUCCAUCGGAACCGGUUGGCCCAUGUGUAUCGAGGAGAAGGAUAUUCUCACCAACUUGCCAGUCUCGGAGGAUUCGUUUGAGCGAGGACAACCCGCGAAGACCAUAUCACUGAAGGAGGCGAUGACUGCGGAUGGCGCGGCCAUGUUGUCUCCCUUCGGCGGUGUUUGCCUCAUGGCCUCCCUUUUCGGCCGUAACCUCAUACACUUGCACCGAUCGGAUGGAGACGAACGAGACGACGAUCUGAACGGCGAGUUUUGGCGGAGACACCGGAACAUGGACAACAUAUUGCUCAAUAUCCAAAUGUCCUUGCCCAACCAUUUCCGGUUACCAGCUGGAGUGGAUAAUUCAAACGUUGUUUUUACGAAUAUGAAUAUCCACACGUCGACAAUCUGUUUACAUCAAGCGGCUAUAUUCAAAGCCGAAAAGAAUCGCAUGCCACAGUCGGUGUCGGCGGAAUCCAAGAUCCGAUGCAUCACAGCUGCAGCUCAGAUCGCAUCCAUCAUGCGCAUGGUCUGCCAUUUGGAUUUAUCCGGGAUGAAUCCAUUCAUCUCCUUCUGCCUCUACGUGGCGGCCCGAGUGUUCAUUACAUACCUGAAAUCGCGUCCCGGGGAUGAACAAGUUCGCGCUUCUCUGCAGUUCCUCCUCACAGCAAUGGGACACAUGAAGAAGAAGAAUCCAUUGACCGAGUCAUUUCUUGUGCAAUUGGAUGUCGACCUUACUGGAUCUUCGGAAACAAGCAACGCUAAAUUCCCAUAUGGGUUCAAGAGAGGAGAGGUGAGUUUCUUCUUCCUAGUACGUGGGCUUGAUGGCCGGUCAAUCUAA